AUUCUUCCUGUUUCUCCGAUCAUACUCUAGUUAGUACUCAGUACCAUCAUCUUCUUGAGAUCACAAACCCGAUAAACUCUUGAGCCCGUCCCAUCGAUGUCGUCUACCUUCUCACUUCAAACGAUGCGGCCAGCCGCCGGGCUUGGGCUCCGUCACGGAUCGCCGCUGUGCCACGCUCUAUCGCUGCAAUCGAGGAGGCCGCAGGCUGCAGUGACGGUGAGAUGCGGCGCCUUCCAGCGGGACCACUACGGCGGAUUGCUGGUGGACGAGGGCAUGACGGUGCUGCGGCGGAAGAUCCGGGAGGCGCGGAUGGCGGAGACCAACUACGAGGCGCCGACGGGGUGGGCAUCGUGGGAGAAGCGCUACUACCCGGCUUACGUCUCUGACGUGUCCGCGCUCACCGGCACGCUGCAGCUGAUGCUCAUGGGCACCAGGCCCGGCGUCGCCGUCGCCGUGGCCGCGCUGGUGCUCGGCGGCGUGCCGGUCUCUGCCGCAGUCGCCCUGCACCUCCUCGGGCAAGCGGCAGGAACUGUUCUGCAGCACGUUUCUUGACGGGUUUGCGGCGAUUUCUGCGUGUCAAUAGUGCGACGGAUCGAAAGAUCUGAUGGACAUACGAUUCGUUUAGUUUUCACUGAGCCGAUUACCGAUAUAUACAUUCGUUUGGAGUAGUAAAUAGUUCGUUUGUUUUAAUUUAGUAGUCUGAUGAUACUGAAUAGUUGGAAGAAACAGUCGAUGAGAGCUUGUCAAAUUAUUUUUUCAACAAUCAUGCAAACAAUUUUCAAGUUGAAUGGUUGUUGGGGACCUUGAAAGAAGAAAGGGAGAUGUUGAUUAUCAUGGAUUAGAAAAGGAAACUAUAUGUUUUAGUAGUAAGAAUAUGAUCUUGGAAGUGAGAUUUACGGUGAAGACUUUGCACCACAUUUGUUCCCGAUUACUUACAGAUGGCGUGUUGACUAAC